AGUGGUGCCGUUUUGUCCGACCAGCGUGAACCCUGCAUGAAUCCAGCGUUCGCCCGUCGUUUUGCUGGUAAUUUCAUUUUAGUGCGACACUAAAAUUCAACCAGCACGGACCAGACAAGCAAGAUGGAGGCAGAAGCAUUGAUUGAAGCAGUGAGAAAAAGAGAAGUCCUAUUUGACAAAAGUAAUGAGAAUUAUUCAAAUAGAGUUGUAAUAAACCAACAAUGGAUUGAAUUUGGCGAGGAAGUCGGAAUUGAUGGUGCAACUGCAAGAAAGAAAUGGGCAAUGCUGAGGGAUUCUUUCCGGAGGCAACAUAAGAAAGAAACAACUUAUAAAUCUGGAUCAGGGGGUAAAUACCAGAAACUGUGGUACCUGUACAAAGACAUGCUGUUUUUAAUUCCUUUUGUUGAGGAUGGAAAUACCUCAACAACCAAUUUGAUUGAAGGGCCGGAAGAUGAGCAGGAACUCCAACAAGCAUCCCAGCUUCGGGAGGAUAACGUGGAGACAAUAGCCAACACUGAUGUGUUUUCACGGGGUGGAAGUCCAUUCACAAAUCCACAACCUGGUCCAAGCCAUACUCCAGAUAUUACAAACUCAUCUGCUACUCCCAAACGGCAUGCCAGGAAAAGACCGUAUCCCCCGUAUCCCCAAGACCGAGGAUCUAGAUCUACCUCUCCAUCCGCUUUCGACAUUGCAAUUCUACAAUCCCUUAAAGGGUUGCAACAACAACAGACACAAAACCACCCCAGGACGAUGACGAACAGUUCCUGUUGAGUUUGUUACCGGUGAUGAAAGGGUUGGACCCAAUAUCUAAAUUUGAGUUCCGUGGAGAGCUCAACAAUACAGCUCUAAGAUAUCUGCGGCGUUCGAGACAGCCAUCACCACAGUAUGAAAGCAACGAUGCAUUAUCUCGUACUCCAACCCCAUCACCCGCAUCUUCUUCAGCUUUUGCCGAUAUCAACACGUACCAAUACAAUCAGUAUGUCCCAGCAACUGCAAGCUCACAAGUUGAUCCAAUUUCCUCCCCACCAGGCGACCCAUACCAGUAUCACCAGUAGCCUACCAGCAAUACAAAUAAAUUACAUCCAGUUUUUCCAUUGCA